AUGCAGGGUCUUUGGUCUCGAACCGCACGCUUGCCGUCGUCCAGCUGCAAAUGCGUUGCUUGCUUGAGGACUGCCGCGAAUGAAAUUGCGUCACGCCCUGCAACGACUGCAGGCGCUGGCCGGCGAAGCCUACGAGUAGGCAAUGCAUUGACUGCUUUGUACUCGAGCAUAUUCGCAGGUGCCGCGAUUGCAGAUGCCAAAGCGAAGCAAAAACGCCGUCAAGAAUGGGCCGAUAAGAUUGCGGCUGUUAAGGAGGAGGUCGACGAGUUGAUCGACGAGGAGCGUCGGAUAUUGGAGGUGCUAUCAGCACGAAAUGCUUUACAAAAUACACAAACUCGACUGUUCAGUGCUUUUGCACGUUUCGGAUCGUCCGACCGAGUGAAACGCACACGAGAAUCGCCUUUAUUGUCUUCGCAGACUCAUGUUGGUGGUGAAACAGGAGUUGAGGGCAUUCUGGCUAAGCGCUAUCUGUCAACCGGCGCACACUCACAAAAUGGACUUGCCGAGCUCAGGAACGCCCACAUUGAACUAAGUGAAGUCGAGGAAAUCGAGGAUAGGAUCGUUGGAGAAGAAACUGUGGAUGGUGAUUUCGAAAUAGAGGAAGAACUAGCAGACUUGGAUCAAUUAAUCCAACGACCAGAGCCAGAUUUUAUUUGGGAACAAGCGAGCAUUACUCGGAUAAAGGCCAUACAAAAAGUUGCCGUACAGCAACUUGUGUAUCGACUGUUGCUUCGACCAUCUAUCGUUCAUGAUUACUCCGGACAACCAGUAAACUAUUAUCGAGACGAAUCACUAGAUCGGCCUCCUAGUGUCUUACUUAGUCGACUCCAAACUCUGCGUCGUCGAUUGUAUUCUUUGAAAUAUGUCCAAGCAUCUAAUUACGAUGAUUUAAUGCAAAAUAUCGGGAUUGAGGAGUUAGAUGCGGCACGCCGCAAUGCACGUGAAAAAUACGACCACCUACUCAAACGCGAUAUCAAACUAUAUCUGCAAGGAAGGAUGCAAAUUCAGGAGCUUUUAUUAAAAGUCGCCGACAACAUGACAUCGUGUGAAGAACCAGAUCGUUCUUCGGCUUUCACGAUGCUCAUCUCCGCGUUUAGCAAAACACAUCAAAACGACUUGGUGGACAUCGUAUUGAAAUGCUUGAUCCCGAACCUUUUUCACUUCAGCACCCCGUUAAUAAUCACCAUAAUUUCUCACUUCCGCAAAACUAAGAAUCUCAAAGAUUUUGACCAGUUUCUUCAAAUGCUCCGUGGCGAAGGCGGGUACUCUGUCAAUCUGAGAACAACUUGGAGGAAAAAGACUGUGAACAGCAUUGAAAUUAGUAUACCUCCUUUGAGCACAUUUAACCCAGUUAUUCUCACUAGCCUGAUCAUGACGGCCCUCCGGUUUGACCAACCCGAAAAGGCUGAGGCAUAUUUACACGUUGCUCGCUCGCAAGGAUUCGUUGACAACUUUGAUACACUUUCUUCAUAUUUACGAUUUUACGCCAUUCGAAGAGACUUAAAGAAUGGAUUUUCCACUCUGCUCAGAGCUUUGGAUUUUCUGACCUCAUCAACAGAUUUGGAAGAGAAGCGUAUUGCAAGACUCAUACUAUACAUGACCGACUUUUGCGAGCGCUGUGGUCAAGAAGACCUGUCAUCCGCACUGAUUCAUGCCGCUGUACGAAGUGGCUUCGACUGCCGCACCGCCCACAGACCAGCAGACUCGGGAUACUUGCUUUUCAUUUAUGAGAAAUGGGCAAAGGUACAGGAGAACUUUCAAGUAAAAGAUCAGGAGCAGCUCCCUCCUGAAAAGUGUGCUAUAUUUGUCGCCCUUACCGAACAAAAGGUCACGCAAUUACAUGAAAACCAUCACGACAAUACUAGGGAAUUUCAGCGAGAAUACAGGGAGGCUUAUUCCAAAGUCGAUUUAAUGCGGCGCGGGCAGCCCAAGUCACAAACCCGAGAGCAAUCGCAAACUGUGCUACCUAGUUCUUUUGAUACUAGAGAAGAGCUGAGCAAUCUUCGAAGAGAGCUAGACUUGAUCUACUCACGAAUUGAAAAACUUAGUCCGUCAGAUUCUUUGCACCUUCAAGAUGAACAAGAACGAAUGCGUGCAUCGUCUAUCUCGUCAUCGUGA